AUGGCUCACCGGGUUUGGGACUACGAGCUCGGCGUCAUGCUGCGACGCGCGGGUGCAGGAAACGUCGAUUCUCUUCAGCUCUCCGGUUCCGGAAUCACCGGAAAGUCGCUCAUCAACAUCAUUCGUACCAGGGCACUUGCUCCCAGCGUCACCGAGAUUUCGGUCGACCAUUGCUGUAACUUGAAAGGCUGCGACAUCUUGGCCUUCCUUCAGGCUAUCUCGCCAUCGCAACCCUCCGCCUCCACCUCCUCGUCACCAGCACCAGUAGUAGAUUACUAUAAUCGUUAUAAUUUCCAGCGAUCUGCAGCACCAGCUUCAGCACCAGCUUCAUCUGUCAUCCAGAGCUUCCGAAUGGACGGCUGUAAAUGCGCCACGGUGGCAGAGGUGGACGCGAUUCGGUCGCACGUGCGACAACUCGAUGUUUCGCAGUGCGGGUGCGGUCGAAUAGCCUGCUUAAAGCACUGCGAGCGGCCGCGGUGCCCGGGGCUCUGCUCGCGCUGCACGGACGUGUUCGAUGAUUCCGGCCUCAAGUGCGGAGCCUGCACGCGUCCGAGAAACCCCCGCCAGGCGAUGCGAGUUCAGAUUCAGCGGAUCCACGCCGUCUUGGGCGGUGGCGAGGCGGCGCGCACCAGGUGGACCGACGUGCGGUCGGGCGUUGUCACUGGUUUGUCGAUCCUGGUGGCCAUGGCGUUGCUGCUGCCGGAGUGCGUCGUGUGCGUGUCGGAAUUCGACGACGACUCCGCAGUGCCGCGCGUCCUUACGUCCUGCGGCCACUCGCUCUGCGCCACGUGCAUAGCCUCGCUCGCCGCGCCAUGGACCCUCUCCUCGUCCGCCUCCGUUAGUUCUUCCGCUGCCCCCGCAAACGCCCCGAUUCCACCGUCGGGCCCGGCUUCCGCUCUCUCCUCCGCGGCUUACCCGUCCGCUUCCGCUCCCGCUGCUUCCGCGUCUCACGCAGCCGCGGCUAGUGCCACGUCUUUGAUCGUGCGGUGUCCAGAAUGCUCCGUGCGGUCGCGCUCCGCGAACGGACGCGUGGACGGAUUUCCCAAGAACAUCGAGCUGUUAAGAUUACUUCACGCGAUCCGCAGCUCGAGUCGCACUGAAACGACCGCCAUUUCUGCCGCAGGCAUUUCGGAGCAAGCGGAAAACGGUAGUGACGUCAGCAGUGUAAGGCAGAACAGCAGGCUUCGAAGCAUCAGCAGGAGGGGUAGUUUCAGGCACGCGAAAUUAGGGUUAGUGACGGGGCGCGAUACUAGUCGCAAUGGCGACGCGUCUACACCUGGACAGGUCCGAGAUUUUGAUAAUAGCGGGGGAAGCAGGUACAGAAGAUAUCAGUCGGAGCGAGAAUGGCUGCUGGGAAGGACUGCAGGCACCGACCAUAGGGCAGCUAUCAAUGAAUCGCGUAAUAACGAAGGAGGUUGUGACAAUAAGGAAGCGGGUGACCAUUAUGGAGGGGAUGACAAUGAAGGGUGGGUUGAGGACGAAGAUGGUCGAGCAGAUAAUAACGAAGCAGGGAGGCAGCAGAGAAGAAAUACGGAGAGUGACUAUAGUGAAGGGGGCGAGGCGCACAGGGAUGAGAGCAAGGAUGAGCCAGGGAGGUCCGGAUUGGAAGAUCAGGGGUCAGGUUCCGUUGAUGAGCGGUCAGGAUCGAAUGUUGCGAGAUCGGAGUUGGAUGGUGCGAGUGAGAUGGUGCUGUUACAUGAAGUGGCGGCGCAUCGUGACAACGUAACAGCUGUUGCGGUUACCAGCGAUGCUUCUCUGCUCUUCACUGCUUCAUUUGACAAGACCGUGCGCAUGUGGUCCCUCCCGGAUGCUUCUCUUCUCCACACGCUCUCAGGCCCUGCCCAUCGCAUCACCGCGCUCACGCUCGCCAAUACCGUGGCGCCACAUGGCGCCAGCACACCUACUAACUACGGCCACUUGCUCGUGUGCGGGGACUAUGGAGGUGAUUAUAAUGAUGAUGGCACUGUAGCAGCAGCUGGUGACUGUAACGAGUAUGUGGUGUACAGUGGGAGUGGUGACCGCACUGUCAAGGCCUGGGCUCCCAAUGCUGAUGGCUCCUAUUCCCUACUAGCUCGUAUGGAGGGGCACACAGCACCUGUCUCCUCCCUUCAGGUGGAUUCUCAGGUGGUUGUCAGCGGAUCGUGGGACGGCACCGUUCGUCUCUGGUGGCGCCCGGACCACUCCCCCAUGGCCGUCCUCGUUUGUAGCAGCCCCACUACCAGCACAAAAGCUCUCAGAAGCAGCAUGGGCGCAGGGAUGGGGGGUCAGGGGGCGGGUGCGAAUGUGAGUGUGCGAGCAGUGGUGGUAGAUGAAGAGGGGGAUUUGAUCCUGUGUGCGAGGGAGGAUGGGCGAGUGGAGGUGUGGCAUGGCAGCAGCAGCAUCAUGCUCUUGACUCCCAACAAUGCCAUGCCUCCUUGUCUACCUCUCCUCUCCACACCUUGCCAUGCCCCUUCACCCCACCAGCUAUGCCUCAUGCAUGGGUAUGGCGCUGAUGUCAGCAUCACCCCAUGGAGGCGAAUCUCACAUGCCCAGCCGCAGUCCCACAUGCAGGGCCCGUGCACUGCCCACAUGCAGGGCCCGUGCACUGCCCACAUGCAGGGCCCGUGCACUGCCCUCGCCUUUGCUGCUUCCCUUGCUGCCGCCGCCGCGGCUGCUGCUGCUGCUGCUGCUGCUGCUACGAGCGGCACCACGGGCCAUGGCAGCAGUGAGUGGGGGAGUGGCCUUGCACCCCUGCUGCUGCUGUCAGGAGGUUUUGACGGGCGGCUGUGCCUGUGGGAGGGGAAGGUGGCUGGCCAUGUCCCUGGCCAUGUGUAG